UUCGAAUCCGUAUACUAAUAUAAAACAGUCAUAUAAGUUGUAUUAAGAUAUGGGUCAAGCACCAUCAGGAAUGCCAGGAGAUGGCUUUAAUAAAAAGAAAGAUGAUAAAAAGAAAGAAAAGCCAAAGUACGAACCACCAGUGGAAUCCAAGUUUGGUAAGAAGAGAAGAAAGGGACCAGAUACUGCAGUUAAAUUACCAAGCGUUUAUCCAAAUACUAGAUGUAAAUUAAAGUUAUUAAAAUUAGAAAGAAUCAAAGAUCAUUUAUUAUUAGAAGAAGAAUUCGUAUCUAAUCAAGAAACUUUCCAACCAACUGAAGCAAAACAAGCGGAAGAACGUGAAAAAGUUGAUGAAUUAAGAGGAUAUCCAAUGUCAAUUGGUACUUUGGAAGAAAUUAUUGAUGAUGAUCAUGCAAUUGUUUCAAGUACAGCAGGUAGUGAAUAUUAUGUAUCCAUAAUGUCAUUUGUCGAUAAAGGAUUAUUAGAGCCAAGUUGUUCGGUACUUUUACAUCAUAAAUCAGUUGCCAUAGUUGGGGUAUUACAAGAUGAUGCCGAUCCAAUGGUUUCGGUCAUGAAAUUAGAUAAAUCACCAACUGAAUCGUAUGCAGAUAUUGGUGGGUUAGAAAGUCAAAUUCAAGAAAUAAAAGAAGCUGUUGAAUUACCUUUAACUCAUCCAGAAUUAUAUGAAGAAAUGGGGAUUAAACCACCUAAAGGGGUUAUAUUAUAUGGUGCUCCAGGUACUGGUAAAACUUUAUUGGCAAAAGCUGUUGCUAAUCAAACAAGUGCAACUUUCUUAAGAAUAGUUGGGUCAGAAUUAAUUCAAAAAUAUUUGGGUGAUGGUCCAAGGUUAUGUAGACAAAUUUUCCAAAUUGCUGCUGAACAUGCUCCAUCAAUUGUUUUCAUUGACGAAAUUGAUGCAAUCGGUAGUAAAAGAUAUGAAAGUAGUUCUGGUGGUGAACGUGAAAUUCAAAGAACUAUGUUGGAAUUAUUAAAUCAAUUAGAUGGUUUUGAUGAUCGUGGUGAUAUCAAAGUUAUUAUGGCCACCAAUAAAAUGGAAUCUUUGGAUCCUGCAUUAAUUAGACCUGGUAGAAUUGAUCGUAAAAUUUUAUUUGAAAAUCCUGACUCAAAUACUAAAAGAAAAAUUUUAACUAUUCAUACAUCGAAAAUGAACUUGUCUUCUGAUGUUAACUUAGAGGAAUUGGUCACUUCAAAAGAUGAUUUAUCAGGUGCAGACAUUAAAGCCAUGUGUACUGAAGCUGGUUUAUUGGCAUUAAGAGAAAGAAGAAUGCAAGUUAAAGCGGAUGAUUUCAAAGCUGCCAAAGAAAGAGUAUUGAAAAAUAAAGUUGAAGAAAAUCUUGAAGGGUUAUAUCUAUAGAUUAGUUUCGUUCAUCUUUAAUGCAUGU